CUUACGCGCCCUUGUUUUUGGAAAUGCUGCAGAACUCCGUGGUGGUGCUAAAUGCCACCGAAGUGCCUCCUGCCCUGGAAGUAAACACAGCUUUUCUGGGCUGCGUGGCACCAGCGACCCAUUUGCGGCAGACCAGUGUGAUUCACAGUCGAAAAUCCUUGAGGGACUUGGACAUGGGCCCAGAGCAAUUGGGAAGACAAAUACUAGUGAGAGAGCAGUGCUGAAAGCAAUCCUGGCAUCACGACUCCAUGGAGCUUCCACAACUCACACAGAUUUGACUCCUUCCGAGGAACUGGAUGUGUACCUUUCAAUUUGGCUGAGGCAGGCGUUUUUCAUACAAAAUCAGGUAAAUUGCAGACAUUGACAGGCAGUGGCAUCACCCUGGACCUUACAGUGGUUUUUGAUACCAGAAAUUUCGGGAAAUCUCUUUGAAGAAAACUUGUUGCAAUGGGAUCAUCCUGUCUACAGAUCUGUGCAUUGCUGCUGGCUUUAUCAGGAUUCACCACACUACUUGUUACUACCAUGUCCAGCAGAUGGAAAGUUUUGGACACCACGGCAGAGCUGGUUACUGCAGAUUGGGUUUCUGAAGGUCUUUGGAUGGAUUGUGCAGCAACUGCUCCUAGAUCAGUAGAGUGCAAGAAAUUUCUCUACAUGCUGAGUUCGGACCUUCACAUUCAGGCAUGCCGUGCCCUGAUGAUUACUUCCAUCCUUCUGGGAUUCUUAGCUGCAGUACUCUCACUGCUUGGUAUGAAGUGCACAAACAUUGGGUUGAGUGAUGAAGAUGGAAAAAUGAAGUUUACUGUCACAGGAGGAUUUCUUUUUAUUUUAGGAGGUCUCUGCUCCAUGGUGGCUAUUUCUUGGUAUGCUGCAAUGGUUACUGCUCAGUUUUUUAACCAACUGUAUGCUGGGACCAAGUAUGAACUAGGAGAAGCUCUGUACUUAGGCUGGGCUGGAUCUGUCCUUUAUAUACUUGGUGGCAUCUUACUGACCUGUUCAUGCAGAGGGAGGGAAAAUCAGAAUUACAGUCCCAACAAAUACACAUAUGCAGCGGCCCAGGCAGCUUCUCAGCCACACGCGUACCCCAGGAACUCUGAGACGGUCAUAAGCAACAAGGAGUAUGUCUGAGCUUCCAGCCUGCAUCACCUGUAGUGUUAAUGG